GAAAAAAAUAUCCCCCAAAUGUUUUUGCUAAUCAUCCUAUUGAAUGUGUCAUGAAUUAUGCAUAAAUUACAAGCAACAGUGGGUCAUCCGGAUUAGGUUGUCAAUUCAACAAUUCUGAUGCACAAAGAUCGGGUUUAGGUUUUUAGUUCAUCCCAAAACCAAAAACCGAAAACCAAAAACAAUCACUCACUCGGAAACAAGAUUGAUUAUGUAAACCCAAAAUUCUCUCCCUGUUAUUUAUUUAUUAAUCUUUGCAAAAACUAUUACUUUUUUGCUCUGAAUCUGUCGUGGGGUUCCUCUUAAUCGAGUCGAAAUUCCUUUUCUCUGGUCCAACAGAAUUUUAGGGUUGUGUUUUUUCCCGCACACACUAACUAAUAUAUUGAAAAAAAAGCGCACUCAUAGCUUCAGAGGUACGUCUUUCCCUCUUUCCCAAUCUGUAGUUUGGAUUUUGCUGUAAGUUUAUUGAUUGAUUCAUAGGUUAUUGUUUCAUAGUUGGUUUUCUUUUUACCUUCUUUGAAUUAUGGUGGAUCUCGAUUUCAUUUCUUUGAAUUUCCUAUUGAGUCGUCUCGUUUACGAUGAAAACCACAAUUUUGAUCUGGUGUUAUUAAUCUGACUGAAUUGCGUUCCGUAAAUCGGAUCAAUCGUUGAUCUCGAGGAGAGGAUAGGGUUUGCUUGUGUUUACAAACGAUUGGUGAAUUUUGUUUGUCCUAGUGGGUGUUUGUUGGUGAAUUGAGGUGGGUAGGGUUAGUGAGAAGAUGACUGAUGUUCGACCACAACUGCUACAGAAGCCUGAAAGCACCACCGAUGCCUGUUCAGAUUUUGAGAACGACGGUUCUGAUUUCGAGAGGGGAUUGGAAGAACUGAUGAGAGGGCAUUUGGACGACUGUAUGUCAUUCGCAUCAUGCAGCUCUCCUCAUGGGGACGAUGAUGAAAGCGAAGGUGGUGAUCAGCUAGUGAGAAGAAGAAGAAGGUCAGAUCUUGAAGGCGAUGAUCUGGCUGAAACUUCUGCUGCUAGAAGACGACAAUCACGGAUCUUAAGCAGAUGGGCUGCAAGACAAGCACAAGAGAUGAUCACCACAAUAGAAAGGAGAAACCGUGAGUCUGAAUUAAUGGCACUCGCAGGUUUACAUACAGUUUCCAUGCUUGAUUCCUCCUUCUUAAGCGAGUCUCAAUCCCCUACCUCAAGGAGACAAGGCAACAUUGAAAGACCAAGCACCCAAGCUUCCUCUAUCCUCCAAAUGUGGAGAGAAUUGGAAGAUGAACAUGUUCUAAACCGUGCUCGUGAAAGAGUAAGAGAAAGACUCAGACAACAUGCAAGUGUGGACUCCAAUACCAUUACCAACAUGUCAGAAGGUCAAGAAGCAAGCGAACAUCAAGGCAGUUUGGAAGAAGAUGUUACAGAAAGCGAGAAUGAUUACAGAGCUUGGUCUAAUGAUCAAAUGGAAGCUCAAAACGACCUCCAAGAAACUGAAACUUCAAGCCGUGAACAGUCUCCUGAUUUAGGAGACAACGAAAGAGAAAGAGAAAGAGAAAGAGAAAGAGUUAGGCAUAUAGUUCAGGGAUGGAGGGAGACAGGUGUCACUGAUCAUAAUCAUAAUUCAUCUAACGGUGUAAGAGCAGAGUGGCUUGGUGAAACUGAGCGUGAAAGGGUGAGGAUCGUGCGUGAGUGGGUUCAGAUGACUAGUCAACAGAGGGGCCCACGUCCACGUGGCAGUCAUCGGGAAGAACACGUACAACAACAACAACAACAAGUAGCUAGUCGUGAGACUGUUGUUGACCAUGAUGAAGGUCAACCAGAGCAUAUCAGAAGAGACAUGUUGAGGUUGCGUGGAAGACAAGCUUUACUUGAUUUACUUGUGAGGGUAGAAAGGGAAAGACAGAGAGAACUCCAGGGUUUAACUGAGUAUCGCGCUGUUUCUGAUUUUGCUCAUCGCAACCGAAUUCAGUCAUUACUAAGAGGGAGAUUUUUGAGAAACGAGAGGCCUGUGGAGGAGGAGAGGCUUCCAUCAAUGGCAGCAAGUGAGUUAGUCCAGCUCAGACAACGCCACACUGUCUCUGGUCUGAGGGAAGGGUUUCGAUCAAGGCUAGAGCACAUUGUUCGAGGGCAAGAGAUUGAACAUGAACAACAGACUCAAAUUCAAGAACCCAACAUUCAUCAAGUUUCAAAUCAGAAUCUGGAAAGUAUAACUGUUGCAGCAGCAGCUCUCCUCCAAACCACAAAUCAACAAACAAACAUCAAUGGAAAUGAAGGUCAAGAUUGGGAUAACCAAGGUGUCACUAAUGACAAUGAUCAAAUUUUUCAAGAAAACAAUUCAGGUAAUCAAGAAGCGGUUUCUGAUGUUAUUCCAAGAACACGACGUACAGUUCCUGUUAGAAGAUCCAACAGAUUUCACGCACCUGAAGAUGAUAAUGUCUACAGUAUGGAAUUAAGAGAACUUUUAAGCAGGAGAAGUGUUUCUAAUCUUCUUCGAAGUGGUUUUCGCGAAAGUUUAGACCAUUUGAUUCAAUCAUAUGUGGAAAGGCAAAGCAGAGCACCAAUCGAUUGGGAUCUUCACAGAAACAUGUCACCAGAAGUAGGUGAACAACAACAACAACAAGGUGGUCUUGGUCUUAGAGAUGAAGACAAUGAAAACCAAAAUGAAGCUGCCGCAGCCGCCAUCGGUAGCAGACCAUCACCAUCGCCGCCAGUACCACCGCCAGUACCGGUUUGGCACCACCAUGAUUUGAACCAUUCUAAUUGGUCCCGCCACAGCAUCCACCGAUCUGAACUCGAAUGGGAGAUGAUUAAUGAUUUGAGAGCUGACAUGGCGAGAUUGCAACAAGGUAUGAGUCACAUGCAGAGGAUGCUGGAGGCUUGCAUGGAUAUGCAACUCGAGUUGCAACGUUCGGUCAGGCAGGAAGUGUCUGCUGCUUUGAAUCGGUCAGCGGGCGGGCAGCAAGGUGUUGAUGGAGGGAGUUCUGAAGAUGGGUCGAAGUGGGUCCAUGUGAAAAAGGGAACUUGCUGUGUUUGUUGCGAUAGCCAAAUUGAUUCACUGUUGUACAGAUGUGGACAUAUGUGCACGUGUUCCAAGUGUGCAAAUGAGUUGGUAAGAGGAGGAGGGAAAUGUCCCUUGUGCCGGGCACCCAUUGUUGAGGUAAUCCGAGCUUACUCCAUACUCUAAAAAACAUUUAUAAAACUGACCCAAGAAGAAGAAAGAAGAAGAUUAUUUGGAUCAUCUACUCUACUUGAAUUGAAGUAGGUUUUUUUCAUGUUCUUCUUCGUGUUCUCUCUCGUAUGUAAAGUGUUGAUAUUUUUUCUUUGUAAUUUAUUACAUGUUGGAUGCUAUGCAUUUGUAAAAAACUCAAGGACAGUUGCCGCGUUUUGAUUCGUCGGUGUCACGUAAAUAAAAUUCAACAGGAAUCUUUUUUUCUGUUUUUUUA